AUGAAAGUUGUGACAUCCGAAGCCACCUCUGACACCAUUCGCGAGGAGUAUGAAUGGUACAUUAACACACUCAAACCCGAAAUAAAAACAACACAAGAAAAACUUGGACAAAUAAAGACGUUAAUCAGCCCCACAAAAGAAACUAUUAAUGAAGAGUGUCUACGUUUUGAUUUAGAUGGGUUUCAAGGAAUGGUACAACUCAACGGGACUGAAUGUUCGGGUUCUCGUAUUGUAAUUAACAACGAAGAGUGGUCACAUAAGCCAGAGGCGUUUUAUAUUGUCGAUUGUCCACUGAAACAAAUGUACAACGUAUUAUAUGUCAUUGGAACAAUUGAGGAUGAUAUCUCCUUAUUGGACCCAUUCAAAAUCAAUGACUAUAUCGAACUUGUGACAAAGAUAUAUGACAUGAUCGGAGAGGCUCUCGACUCAAUUCGAAAUCGACCAACGCUAAUAUUUCCAUUUACCCCCACACAUACAUUCUUCAUGCGCGCACACCCAACUGUCACAGCGGAUAUAUACAUUGAGCAUUCUGAAAUCGUUGUGAAGAUAUUUAAGUUAGACUCUGUCGGCAGUAAAAACCCUUCCCCUUCAAUAAACGACGGAGACGUUAACGAAAGUGUUGAAGUGAAAACACGACAAAGAACAGCACAAGCGUUCUUGAUAGAGAGUAGGUACUAUUGGGUGGAGAAUGUCGAAGAGAUCCACCUCACGUGCCAGAAAUUGGACGAAAUUGUUAAUAUACUAAGCGAGCUCCAAGAAAUGUGGGGACUCAUAGAAAACAAUGUGACGCAGUUUGCUUCUUAA